CAAGAAGAAGAAGAAGAAGAAGAAGAAGACAGCUGCGAGUCGGCACCGCUUCCAGGCUCUGAAUUUGCCUCUUAAACAGCCCAGAAUGGCUUUCCAAUGUCAACGAGAUUGUUAUAUGAAAGAGUUUAUUACGUCUGUCGUAUCCUGCUGCCCUGCGGAGCUAAAGCAGGAGGUGAAUGGAAAGAAAGAAAUCCUGAAAGGCUUUAACGUCAUCCUCCAAGAUACAGUCCUGUUCCCUGAAGGAGGCGGCCAACCAGAUGACCGCGGCCUGAUAGGAGAGGUUCCGGUUCUAAGGGUGACCAGGCAAGGAUCGGAUGCUGUGCACUUUGUGAGCUCGCCUUUGGAGGUGGGUCAGGAGGUGCGUGUGAAAGUAGACUGGGAGAGGAGGUUUGAUCACAUGCAGCAACACUCAGGUCAGCAUUUGAUCACAGCUUUGGCAGACACGAUGUUCGGAUACAAGACAACCUCAUGGGAUUUGGGCCGUCAGAGAAGCACAAUUGAACUGGACACUCCGUCAGUGAAAGCAGCGCAGCUUCAGGAACUGGAAGAAGCCGUGAAUGAGAAGAUCAGAUCUCACGUUCCUGUUCAUGUUCAGCUCCUUUCUUUAGACGACCCUGCUGUGGAGAAAGUGAGAAGUCGAGGGCUGCCGGAUGAUCAUGCAGGACCUAUUCGGAUUAUUGAUAUAGAGGGCGUGGAUGCCAACAUGUGCUGUGGAACCCAUGUGACCAACCUCAGCCACUUACAGGUUAUAAAGUUGCUGGGAACCGAGAAGGGAAAGAAAAACAAAAUCAACCUGAUCUUCCUCGCAGGGAACAGAGUGCUGAAGUAUUCAGAGAAGAGCUACAGCACAGAGCGCUCGCUGGUGUCUCUUCUCAAGACGGGCCCUGAUGAGCAUGUCGAGGUAGUAGACAAGUUGCAGAAGUCUGUCAAGCUGCUACAGAAGACCAACCUGAGCCUGCUUCGGGAUAUGGCCGUCCUUAUUGCUCAGAACUUUAAGAACAACCCUGAGAGAGGAAACAUCUUCAGCUUACACAAGAAAGAAGGCGACAAUGAGUUCAUGAAUAUCAUCGCUAAUGAAAUAAACACAGAGGAAACUCUGGUUUUCCUCACUGUCGGAGAGGAAAAGGGUCCCGGCUUGUUUCUCCUCGCUGGACCCAGCGGACCAGUGGCUGAAUUGGGACCACGGAUUUUAGAGAUACUUCAAGGAAAAGGGGCAGGGAAGAAUGGCCGUUUCCAAGGCAAAGCGAACAGUCUGGCACGGAGAGAGGAGGCGGAGGCGUUGCUGAGACAGCAUCACAGCUCACAGGAAGAGUAAACCCAGGAGCCAUUCAGUGAAAGUGGAUAAAAGUUUCUGUGAAAGGGGGAAAAAAACGACGACACUGGAAAACUGGAAAAUACUCAAGCCUUUAUUUUGAGCACAUUUAUUGAGAAACUGCUUACAAGACAUGGCACAGUUGUUGAUACCCCUGCUGGUAUAACUUUGUAGGACCCCUGCUUGCCAACAACGGAGUACUUUCAGUAUUUUCAGUAUUUACCAGGUGUGUGCGCACCACACUUUGGGAAACCCUGCUCUGGAUCAUCCUGAGUGCUCUCUCUCUCUAAAAGACCAUUUCUUCUUGUGGAUGUGGAAUUUGAGGGGUAGAAGUUGGACAAAGUAGAUGAAGUCUUUAUUCAAGUUUUUAAUCAUCAAAACGUAAUAUGUCUUUCUCUCCAAAUUAAAUUGGUUCUCCGAUUUUCUCUCUUAUAAGUUGUACAUCUGUCCAAAAUGUCAUUGUAUGUGUACAUUGAUCGAAUAAAGGAGAAAUAGUUUCUGUAUUAAUUUCACAGAAUGUGCAAGAAUAGGUAAUAUCAAGCUGAAAUCUUUCCAGUCUUUUUUUGCACUUUAUAUAUUAUGUACAAUUUUAUAGGUAAUAUCUUUAACUUUAUUUGUUAUGCAACAAUUCUUUCCAUGUAACCAGAUCCGGUUCUAAUUAAUUUCUCCAAAUAUAGAACACCAAAAGGAACACCCAUAAUGUAUAGCAAUUCUCUGUAAACAUGCCUUGAUAAUUUUUGUGGAACGUCUUUUUUUUUUGUGGUACUCUUUUAGCUGGUCACUAAUUGAAAUAUUUGGUUUUGUUCCUUUAAAUAACUAACUUUUGGUAAACUGUGAAAAACCACAGCAUACUCAUCAGGUGUUAAAAGGAUGUAAAAUUUGGACAGAAAUUAGGUGUAUGACAAAGUGUCCAUUAUCAUUAAAAACUGUUGGACAAGC